GGCUACAUGAAGAGGCAGGCUGUGUUUGCAUGUAACACGUGUGUUCAGGCUGGUAUGGAGCCGGCUGGUGUGUGUCUGGCCUGUGCAAACACGUGUCAUGAUGGACACGACAUCUGUGAACUUUACACCAAAAGGAAUUUUCGAUGUGAUUGUGGCAAUGAGAAAUUUCAUGGCUUCAAAUGCAAGCUUGAUACUGACAAAGAAGGACAGAAUGUGAAGAACUGGUACAAUCACAACUACUUGGGACGCUACUGCUUGUGUGACAGACCGUAUCCUGAUGAAGACGACCAGGUUAAUGAAGAAAUGAUCCAGUGUAUCGUGUGUGAAGACUGGUUCCACGAGAAGCAUCUGCAGGCUCCAGCGGUGGACUGUGAGGCGCUGAUGGAGAUGAUCUGCGGUCGCUGUAUGACUCGAGCACCGUUCCUCCAGACGUAUGCGGCUCAUUUUGCAGUUUCUCCUGUGAAUAAAGAAAGCCUUUGUAAAGAGCAAACGAAUGCUGAUUUGAUGACAGAUGAAAAAGGAAAAUGUCCGUACGGUCAGCAGGAAGAAACGACGGCUGGAGCCGCAGGCCGCACGUCCAGCCCGGAUUCAGUGACGGCUCACUCCAGAGUCACCGAAUGUGUUUUAAAUGAGCUCAAGGCCAAAGACGCGGCGAGCACGAGGGCCGGUGCUGUGUUCUGGCCUUAUUUCUGGAGAGCAAAACUCUGCACAUGUAACGACUGCAAGAGAAUGUAUGUAAAGACGGGUGUUCCUUUCCUGCUGGACGAGUCGGACACGCUGCUCGCUUAUGAGGAGAAAGCCAAAGCUGAAGCACUGACGAGUGAAGAGCUGCUGAUGUCCUGCAUCACCUCACUGAACCACGUGCAGCAGCUCGAGAUCAUUCACCAGUACAACGACUUGAAACACGAGCUGCGUGAGUUUCUUCAACAAUCUGCAAACCAGAGAAAGGACGUGACUCCUGAGGCUUUCCGUGAGUUCUUGGAGGAACUGCAAACAAGAAAGAAGAGACUGUUGGACUGAACCCAUCCACAUCACAGAGAGUGUUAUGAAACUUAUCCUCUUUAAUAAAGUCUCAGAGCAAAA